AUGGGUGAUACUCUUGGUCCGAGUAACAAUGGUGAAGGGAAUGGACACUCAGCUGAUCAAUCCGAAUUGGACUCGUUUCACGAGGAGCUGGAGGAAGUAAUCCGCAGCGAGAAGUCCUUCCACAAAUUCGUUGUCGGAGACUUCAACGCAAAACUAGGAAAGGCCACAGAAGAGGAAUACAGGGUCGGAAGAUUUGGACUAGGGGACCGGAAUGAAAACUGCAAUCGUCUCGCCGGGCUAUUGUCUGCCGCUCGCCUCUUUCAUGGGAACUCUCUUUCCAUGAAAAAAGAUCAUCGUAAGUGGAAAUGGGAGUCGCCCAGUGGCGCGACUCGUGCGGAGAUCGACCACAUACUCACCAACCGGAGGUGGUGUCUACUUGACGUCUCAUUAGUACCAUCCUUUUGUAGUGGUUCUGAUCACCGUCUGCUUCUUACGAAAAUACGACUUAGCCACACGAUUGAAAAGAACAUCUGCUAUCGUCAACAGAGGAGAAAAGAAGUCGUCUACGACGACUGCGUACUCGAGGACUCCUUGUCCCAAGGUGACUGGCACAUCGAGGAGGACACAAACGUGGACUGCGAGAUGCUGCUCAGAGAAUUAGAAGCCUGUGCUGAGCGCGCCUCGAAGCCGCGCACGACAAACUUGGAUCGAAUUUCGAAGACCACCAAGGAAUUGUUGGAAAGAAAGAAGGGCUUUGAGGCUUGA